UAUACACGGAUUUUAUUAACGAACAACCUACUCAGAGCACACAUGUUUGUUUGUUUACAUAGCAAUAGAACUAAAUAAAAAGAAACAUGUCCGAGUGGCGGACUAAAUGUCCACCAUAUUUUGCCAUUAUAAAAGGAUCGAAGGAAUCAACAUCUAGACAGUGCAACUGGUAACUUAUUCGCGUUAUUUAGUGCAAUAAUUCAAAUUUGCAGCCAUAAUAAUGGUUUAUUACUUUUUAUUGCUGAUUCCAAUGUGUUCCACCAUGGCAAACGCUCAGCAACAGUGGAAUUUUCGAACGAUUUCCAAAACAGCAAACAUAGAGGUAAAUUUUAAAGAGAUGGGCGAAGAACUACAGAGAUGCACCUAGCAAUUACGUUAUCUGAACGUGUUAUUGCGCGUAAAAUAUUUGGAAAGCGAGGUUGCUAAUCCCUACGUGCGAUGGUUUCUUCACCGCAGUCAAUUGCCAGUGAUUAUCACCGCCUACGAUCACACACGCUCAAUGGAGGAGAACUCAUGGCCAAAAUUUCAGAUGGAGCGAGAUAGUUUUGUAAUUGUAACCGAUUCACAACGGCUGAGCGAUGUCGCAACGCAUUUUGUGCAAAGGGCGGGUGUAUUUUUCUUCGUAAUUUCCGAUGCUCAAUUACCGAAAGAUGUCACAGAGUUUCGUAAUGUUUUAAUCUCCAUAUGGAUUAAAUACAGAGCUUACAAGAAUUUCCUACUAACAAGUGAAGGUAUAUUUUAUUUCGAUCCUUUCGAUUAUGAUGUCACAUAUCACGGUUAUGGAAAAAUUGUUCCAAACAAGAAUACUGAACCCUUGGAAAGGGCCCUCUUUCGCGACAUGCACGGUUAUCCUCUGCGUGUACAAAUUUUUAAAUCAGUCUAUGCCCGUCCAUUCAUAAACAUGAGCAAUCCUUCAAUAAAAGAUGUUUACGGAGUAGAUGGCAGAGUGGCCGAACUGUUGCAGCAACGAAUGAAUUUUACGAUGGUCUUACAAGAGCCGGAUCCUAACUAUUUUGGUGAACGCACAAGGGAUGGCAAAUAUAAUGGAGCGAUCGGUUCAAUUAUCGAGGAUAAGAUCGACUUGUGUCUGACAGGCUUCUUUAUCAAAGAUUACUUGGUUGCAGAGUACAUGGACUUUACGGCCGCGGUUUAUGAUGAUAAGUUAUGCAUUUACGUGCCAAAAGCUCAACGCAUUCCGCAAUCGAUACUACCGCUCUUUUCCGUACACUUCGGUGUUUGGUUGAGCUUUCUUUUGGCCGCAUUCGUGUGCUGUUUUAUUUGGUGUCUUAUUCGUCGUAUAAAUCUAUUUCUGAACAUUCGGAAAUGUAGCGACACACCACUGGAUCCAAGCCAGUGGUGGCAAUACGUCGGAAUUUAUGUUGAUACAUGGGUCCUUUGGGUGCGUGUUAAUAUUGUGCGGUAUCCACCAUUCAACUCGGAACGGGUUUUUAUAGCAUCGCUAUGCUUAGCGAGCGUUAUUUUUGGUGCUAUUUUCGAAUCCAGUUUAGCUACAGUGUUCAUACACCCUUUGUAUUAUAAUGAUAUCAAUACACUACAGGAAUUAGACGAAAGCAAUCUGAAAAUUAUAUAUAAGUACUCAUCAAUGGCUGAUGACUUAUUCUUCAGUAAUACAUCUCUAUUAUAUGCAAGACUUAAUAAAAAAUUGGUGCAUCUUCAGAAUUUAAACGCUGACGUAAUGUUGGAUAUUGCAAAAAAUGGCGGGAAGGCCAGCGUCACACGCCUUACCUCAAUAAUGUUAGAAUCUUUGCAGUUUAUUCUAGCAAAACAAGUUCAUGUUAUACCUGAAUGUCCAAAAUUGUAUACCAUUUCCUAUGUCAUUCCAAAAGAUGCACCGUGGGAAAAGGCCAUCAACGAUUUACUACUACAAUUCUGUUCGUCUGGAUUAAUCACCAAAUGGAUUAAUGAUAUGAAAACCGAGGUCGAUAUUGAAGUAAUGACCAAUGGCAUGAAUUUUGAGAAAAGCAAUGUAUUCAAAGUGCUUACAGUUACUGAUUUACAGUUAGCAUUCUAUGUGGUGUUGUUGGGCAACUCGCUGGCUGCAAUGUCACUCGUCGUAGAGCUCUGCCUACAGGGUUCGAGAACACAUCUGCAUUCAACGGUCAAGAAAAAUAUAAUGUUCAGAUCGUCUUUGUCGGUAUAAUAAGAACGAUUGUACAGGGUGGCGACCAAUAACUGUCGCCCAGUUUUUUUUUUA